AUGGAAGGACUAAAUACUACUCAGCUGGAGUCGCUCCAGUCCAAAGACAAGGCUGCACUGCUCGAUACGGUUGAUGAGAUCCGCCGACACGGGGUGAGUCGCUAUAUCUCGUUGCCUCAGCUUGUUGUCUGCGGCGACCAGAGCUCCGGUAAGAGCUCCGUGCUGGAGGCCAUUUCAGGUGUGCACUUCCCAGUAAAUGAUGGCCUCUGUACGCGCUUCACAACCGAAGUCAUCCUGCGCCGUGCGCCAGAAAGCCUCGCUUCGGUGAGGUUGAUCCCAGCCAAGGACGCAAGUGACGAACACCGGCAGAAAUUGUCACAGUUCAAACAGAGCUCGACCAGCCAUGUUGAAAUCCCGACAUUGAUAUCCGAGGCCAAAACUAUCAUGGGACUGACAAGCGGGAGUAGCUUUUCGCGUGAUGUUUUAAAACUCGAGAUUUGCGGACCCAAGUUGCCCCAUUUGACGUUGGUUGAUCUGCCAGGUCUGAUUCACCAUCCAAACAAGGAGCAAACACAGGACGAUGUGGAUAUCCCAAAGGAAUUGGUGAAGAAGUACAUCUCGCAGCCCCGAACCAUCGUACUCGCGAUAGUCACGGCGAAGAAUGAUACCUCGAACCAAGUCGUGCUCAAGAUGGCAAAAGAAGCUGAUGCGCACGGCGGCCGGACUAUGGGUAUUAUCACCAAGCCGGACUGCCUCAUCAGGGAUAGCCCUAACGAGGCGGCAUUCUUUGCCCUCGCCAGCAAUAAGGAAACCUCUUUCAAACUUGACUGGCACGUCCUUCGCAAUGGCGAUUUUAGCGAACGAAAGAACCCCGACUACAACCGAGAUAAGGCGGAGAAAGAAUUCUUUGCGUCAGGAAUAUGGAAGAAUUUGCCGUCAUCAAAGAGGGGCGUCGAUGCUCUGCGUACAAGAUUGAGUCAUGUCUUGUAUGAGCAGAUUCAAAAAGAACUUCCAGACCUGGUCGCAGAGAUUGAGCAAGAAUUGGCAGACUGCAAGACCGUAUUAGAUCGGUUAGGGUCGCCUCGUGACACGCCGGAUAGUCGACGUUCAUAUUUGACUGCUAUGGCAGAUCAAUUUCGUGAAUUGGUUCGGGCUGGCAACGACGGCAUUUAUCGAGAUCCAUUCUUCAAGAUUGACGACUCGGACUUGGAAAUUGGUCAGAAUAAACUCAUCCCAAGAUUACGCGCAAACCUGAGGAGAGACGAGCAGAAAUUUGUUGAUCGAAUGCACGAAGAGGGUCACACCUAUCACAUUGUUCCUGGCUUUCUAAAGAUACCGAACAGUGCCUCCAGCACGUCGUCCGGUCAGACGCAAAUCACACAAACCGAGUUUUUACAAGAGAUUCGUGUUCUUCUCGACCACAGCAAAGGAAGGGAGCUACCGGGAACUUUUUCGCCUUUGUUGGCGGGCGAAUUGUUCUUGCGUCAAUCCCGGAAUUGGGAGACAAUUGCUAUGGAAUUUGCGGAGGAGGCAUGGGGCUUGGUGAAAGAGUUUCUAGAUGAAGUUUUGGCCCAUGUGAGCGACGAAAAUGUAAGGCGCGCUGUGCUGGAGGAGGUCAUCGACCCAGCCAUGGAAUCAAAAUUAUCAAAGUUGAAAGAAAAGGUGAACGAGUUAUACUCGCCGUACUCCAGUGGCUAUCCAACAACCCUCAAUCCACAGUUCGUUCGGGCACUCAAUGCUCGACGAUCUAUACAGUUCUCCGAAUCUUCGUGGCCGAGGAGUAAAGAGGAGGAGAGCGAAAACGAAGAUCCGAAGAAGCGUGAAAACCCCAAACUGUCUGAAGAUGCCGACAUGCAUGCCUGUCAGGACCUGCUAGACCUAAUGCAAUCUUAUUAUGAAAUUGCCCUGGACGUUUUCGUUGAUAACGUUGUUAGUCUUGGUAUCGAGAACUGCCUUAUGACAGGCCUAAAAGAUAUACUAUCACCGCGUUCUGUUUCCGAGAUGAAUGAUGAAAUGCUAGAAACUAUUGCAUUCGAGUCCGAUGAUGUCCGAGAACUCCGAAGCCAGACGCUUGAAAAACAAGCGUCUUUGCAAAAGAGCUACGAGCUCUGUCGUCGACAGGUUAGGAAACUUGCCUCCAACCGUCUCAGACCAGCUUCUAAAAACGCUCAUUCUCCCGUACCAUCUGUGGAAAGUUCGACCGCGACUCUUCCGAGCGUCGGAUCGGUUUCAUCAAACAUACGAGGUGCCGAGAAAUCGUGGUUGCCAGACAAAAACCCGGCGGUCGGUACUAAGUACCAGGGCCUUUUCGGCCCAUCCGAGAAAUCCACAUCUCUGGACACAAAACCAGCGUUCGGAUCUAAGAGUGUCCUUCCAGGGGGUACAGGAUUACUAUUUGGAAGCUCUAAAGCAACAACACCCAGUUCUGGGGGUAGCCUCUUUGGAAGUUCGGUAUUAAGCGAAGCACAACCAACUGGCUACUUUGGGCAAUCUCCAUUAGCAGACACAAAGCCAGUGACAAGGGGAGAUACAAAGCUAACUUCUAGCUUUGGGUUAUCUCAAUUUGGAAGUAAAUCGGCGGGUUUUGGAUCACCGGUAACACCAAUUUCAGGACAAGAAGAUACCAAAUCGAAGACCUCUGAUAGCCACUUUACUCUGUUCGGCGGCAUACCCAUCAAACCAAAAGGUGACUAA